GGUCCUUCCGACGGCCCCCGCGGCGAUUCCAUCACUCAGCUUCCUUCCCGGCCUGCCUCGCGCCGGGGCCGGGCUGGACCAGAGCAGCCCAAGAUGGCCGACUUCGAGGAUCGGGUGUCGGAUGAGGAGAAGGUACGCAUAGCUGCUAAAUUCAUCACCCAUGCACCCCCAGGGGAAUUUAAUGAAGUAUUCAACGAUGUCCGGCUGCUACUUAAUAAUGACAAUCUCCUCAGGGAAGGGGCAGCACAUGCAUUUGCCCAGUAUAACAUGGAUCAGUUCACACCAGUGAAGAUAGAAGGAUAUGAAGAACAGGUCUUAAUUACAGAACAUGGUGACCUGGGCAAUAGCAGAUUUUUAGAUCCAAAAAACAAAAUUUCCUUUAAAUUUGAUCAUUUACGGAAAGAAGCAAGUGACCCUCAUCCAGAAGAAGCAGAUGGAGGUCUGAAAUCUUGGAGAGAAUCCUGUGACAGUGCUUUAAGGGCCUAUGUGAAAGACCAUUAUUCCAAUGGCUUCUGUACUGUUUAUGCUAAAACUAUAGAUGGACAGCAGACCAUUAUUGCAUGUAUUGAAAGUCACCAGUUUCAGCCUAAAAACUUCUGGAAUGGUCGUUGGAGAUCAGAGUGGAAGUUCACCAUCACACCACCUACAGCUCAAGUGGUUGGAGUACUUAAGAUUCAGGUUCACUAUUAUGAAGACGGCAAUGUUCAGUUGGUUAGUCAUAAAGAUGUACAGGAUUCAGUAACUGUUUCGAAUGAAGUCCAAACUGCCAAGGAGUUUAUUAAAAUCAUAGAGCAUGCAGAAAAUGAGUAUCAGACAGCAAUUAGUGAAAACUAUCAAACAAUGUCAGACACCACAUUCAAGGCCUUGCGCCGGCAGCUUCCAGUUACCCGCACCAAAAUCGACUGGAACAAGAUACUCAGCUACAAGAUUGGCAAAGAAAUGCAGAAUGCUUAAAGGCUGAAUAUAGGAUUCUUCAGUACUUGGAAAGAAAGGAUUUAACAUGUGGUCAUAUGAUAUAUAAGUGAUUUAUAAACAAGAGCGAUAUUUUGCUAGGGCUUUCAAAAGUUAACAAAUUUUUUUAGCCUCAUGAAAUACUGUUGAACCUAUAGCAUUGUCUUGGUUCUUUUGUGUUCUCUGCCUUGUGAUUUUCUGUUUUCACUCUAUUUGGUUUUUUUUUGUUUUUUUUUUUUAAAUUCUGCCACAUUUAAUGAUGGAGUAAGCAAUCUAUCCAGGAGCAAUUUUCCUGUUUAGAAAAAUUUCCUAACCAUGAAAUCCUGUUACUGAUACAGACAGGUAAUGUGUUCAGUACUUUUCUACCUGUACCCUUCAGAGCACUUCUGGUACUUGAAUGGUUUUUACUGAUUCACCACCUAAUGAGGUUAUGCUAUAAACUAUAGCUGAAUGGAAGACACAUUCAUUCUUUUCCCUCCAACUGUACUUUGGUCAUUUAUAGCAUCUCAUAACUAUCAUUUCCAGAAAAUUGGAGUAGGGCUUUUCAGGUCAUUGAGGGGGAAGAGGGUGGCAAAAGAAGUUUUCUGAAAAUUCCAUUGUAGCCAACUUCUAUGAGGAAGUUGUUUUUAAAUCCAAAGACUUGAACCACAUUCCCUGCACAUGAAUAUGUUCUUUUUUUUCCUUUUUCUCAGUAUUUCCUUCCCAUCUUGUACCGUUAUAGUUAUAGACAUCUACAUUUUUAGAAGAGUUUUUGCCCAUUUAUUAUUAUUUUCUUAAUAUUCGAGAACUGCUGACAUACUAGGGAUGUGGAUUAUAAAACUUGGAAAAUGCAAAUGUUAAAGGAGUGAUAAGUAUCUUAUGCUUUAAUACUUUGUGGCAGGAUUAUAUAAAGCGAAACAAAUAACUAUGUAAAUCAUAAAAACUGAAAAUGAACCAAAGUGAAAAGGAUAACUUCCAGGCAGUAUCUUUCUAUUGUAACCUGUUAUUUAAUGGAAUAUUAGAGAUAUGUUCUAAAUAGUAUGUAAAACUUACUCCAUAUUUCUCUUCAUGCCUGCCAAGAACUCAGAUGUAACUGUGAUAUAGCAACCCUUCCCAGGUAUACUGGCAGGAGUUUGUAUGAUCUCAGAAUACACAGGUGACAUAGAUAUGAUAAUGACAACUGGUAAUGGUGGAUUUAUUUACAUUGUUUACACUUAAUAUGACCAGGCCUUAAGGAAGGUUAGUUUUUUAAAAACCAAGUAGUGUCUUCCUACCUAUCUCCAAAUACAUGUCAAAAAGGUGUUUGUGCUUCAGCUUUGUUUUUAUUCAGUAAUACAGUCAAGCAAGAGUUUGUUUCUGAGUGACCUGUUGAGCUGUGUAAGCAUUUUGUUUAUUUCAAAUAAAAUAUAUUUGUAUUAUU